CCUCACCCUCAUGAAACCCCACGAGAAUGCAAUCCGCCAUGACAGUUAAUGUCUCUUCCAGCGCUUGACGUUUCCUUGGAACAUGACAUUUUGUAGAUUUAAUUUCAUCAAAUGGCAGACUCUUUUUUCGGAUUUCCAACGUCACAUCCAGGAAGUGGAUUCGACAGUGCAAUAGAUUGUCCUCAAGACGAUGACGAAGUAGGUGAGGAGGAUGAGUACGAUGCCCUGAACGAGGAGACUUUCGGUGAAGAUGCCACCGACGGCGAUUGGGAGCAGGAUCACGAGAAAUUGGCGCAAAUAACCGAGUCAACUCGUCCGUUAGUGCAAACCGCAACCUCCACGAAAAAUGGACUGGACGUGGACAUCGAGGGUAGUUUAUCCCACCUAGUUCUGGACGAGAAGGAUGGAAUUGUCCCUCGUCCAGGUGUCUGGGACAGUCCCACCCUGCCACUGCACCCCCAGCCGCAGACCCAAGCUCACCCCCAGCAACCCCUGCCAGUGGCUUUGAAAUUCGUUCACACUGUUGAAGAGUUGGAACGAGGUCUAAUUCGACCUCCACCAGGUCUAGCAAAGCCACCACAAGCGAUACCAAACGCCCAGGAGCCGAGGAAUCAAUUUAUUCUGGAUUAUGCAGGUCUCAACGACGCUUUACCAGUUAAUUUACGUCAGAACAUCCUAAAUGGCCUCUCCCGACCGAGAUUCCCCCCAGGUCUGACCCUUUCCGGGCCCCAUCCAGUGGUUCUCCCCCCAAACGUUCACCUUUCCAAUCAGUUGCUCCAGAAUGCUCGUCCAAUGAUGUCCCCCAACCAAACGAAUCUCCUCAGAUAUCCAAUUCCCCCUCACCUGAUGUUGAAUCAACGUCAGCCAAUGCACGGAAAUUUCGUGGGAAACUUUCCCCAGGCGAGACCCAAUCUCCCACAGUUCAUAAGACCUGACCAGCCGGUACCUCGCUUCGCUAUUCCACCGAAUCAGCACAACAAUCAGAGAAACCAGAAUAGAAGUCACGGUAAUGAACCACCAGCAACCAAUCUCCAGCCAUUUUUCAAAAGCAAUCAGUACUGGUAUCAGAAUCGUAUCAACCAGAGGUAUAAUCAUCAUCAUCGUCAUCACCACAAUCACCAGAAUGGACUGAACGAUAAUGGAGAGUAUGACGACUACUCUGGACUCAUGAGCUCCAGGGAAAAACAGUGGUUAACCAACAUUCAGUUGCUCCAGCACAAAACCAAUCAGCCUUACGUCGAUGAUUACUACUUCACUGUGUUCUCGGAGAGGCAGAAUAAGAAGAAUGAUAACCAAGACAGCAGGGACAGGAAGCAUAAUAAUAAUGGAUUUGGGAGGGACUCCAGAGAGAAGGAGCAACAUGUGCUCACAAAGGUAGUUUACACGCCGACUCAGUUUGAAAAUUCUCUUGGAAAACUUCAGUGCGGCAGUGUCACAGCACCCAGGAAGAUCAUUGACAUGGAUGUGGUGCCCAAUAGUGAUCCACAGCAACAUCCUCAGCAGAAGGACAUGAAGAAGGCAAGACAACGAUUGCUGGAGAUCGAGAGAUUGUACACGCUACAACUGAAGCUUGAGGACUUGAACAAUCCUCUUGCUCAGUUAGCUGAACAGAUGGAACAGCCCCAGGAGAAUGAGGAGCCCAAGCCACCGAAGAAAACUGCCCCUGAGCUCGUCAACAUCAUGCUCGCGUCCCUCAUUCAACUGUUGCAUGAAGACAAACUCGCUAGCAUUCUCAGUAUUCGGAAGGGGAAAAACCUUUUGUUGAGGUUUUUACCUUUCUUGAGCGUCACGGAAUAUGGGACACAACUUGGCGAACUGUGGAUUGGACUGCUCAGAGGAUUAGCUAUUAUUGGUAGGCGGGAUGCUUAUCUGCUUGUGAAGUUCUUCCCAGAGUUUCACAGGUGGAUCGAGACGACUAGGGAUUUCCGAACUGUUUUGAGAUGCGCCAGGGGAUUCUUGGAUUCUGUCAAUCAGAACAACAGAAUUAAUAAUAGUCUCGCUUUUGCUGUGACCAAUAAGUUCGGAGUCUCGGUGAUUGCAUCGCUCCUGGAGCAAGCUGAAAAUCUCUACCCCGAUGACAAAGCAAUGGCCCAAGAAUGGUCAACGUUCAUUGUCAGUCUAUCUGAGGCUGUUGGGGCAUCGACACCGAGUGUUGCACCCUGUCAGCCAAUCGCCGCUAAUACACUUCACCAGCAUCUCAAGAGAAUUGCCAGCCUCAAAACAGAAAGGUACGAACCACUAGAGUCACUCCUCACAGAUGCAAAUCCAUCGCGAUAGACUGAUUACCUUACUAUAUUUGAAACAAAAAAAAAUCCCCGAGUCAUCUCUUUUCGUUAUGUUGAAAAAUCAUUCUCCAGGUCUUGAGAAAAAUACAAUGGAAUUUUAUUUCCUACUCUGUGUAAUUCAAAUUCACCGUUUGUUCUUCCAUUCUGAGAAUGUACAUAGAAAUGGCUGGUCAUUUUUUGGAGGGGAACAAUGAAAAUUUGUUAGAAUAAAAUAUGUACAUGAAUCGAUAUUCGUCUCGUUCCCCUGAAUCUAAAAGAAAAUACAGGAGAAUGUAAACAAGUACGGAAGAAGUACAACAAUUCGUUAAGGCUGUAGUUUUAUAUUUUUUUUCUCUUCUCGAUUAUCGUGACAUAUUGGCACAGUUUGUUCAUACAAUUUAGUUAAUCGUAAUAUCACAGUUUUUUUUAUCACUCUGUGUAAAUAAUUUUCUCCCCUACGAAUGACAUAACGAGUGAGAUUAAUCGACUCUUUCAUUCAUCCGCGGACACUUACACUUUGAAGGGAUAUUUUUAUUUUGAGGGAAUUACGCAGGAUUUUGAUUUUGGCCGAAAUGUUUUGUUAGUUUAUGUACGUUUUUGCUUUUGUACAUAUGGUCUAAUUUUUUUUUCAUUCUGUAGAGUAAACGAUAAAUGAGAAUGCGAGAAAAAUGUAACUAGUUUAAUGUACGAGGCUAUCAGUUGUAAAAGUUUAAAUGACUAUUAAUUAAAAUUAAUUAUGCUUAUUUGAGAGAUGGAAUGAGAUGAAAUUUCACUCUCACAUUUCAUGUUAUGAUUUUUGGUUAAUCUGGUAGUGAAACUAAAGGACAAAUCGAUUGUAAAUACCACGUGUAUUCGAGAUGAAUUUAAUGAAAUUUAAUACAAUUUUCUUUUCUCAAAGCCCAGAUUGGUUGCGCUGUAUUCUUCUUAAAAUGUAACCGGGCAGAAUGAAAAUUGAGACAAUUAUGCAAAAUCAUAGAUCAAGCGCCGUUUAAAUAGAUUUUUUUUUCCGAGCGCUGUCAGUUAUUGUCUAUUAGGUAAUGACGAAAUGAAUGCUUGCCAAUUUGCAUUUGAUAUUGCAUUCAAAAAAUACAAAAACAAAAAUUUAUUGGAGGUGAUAUUGCACGUGAAAGUAAAGUUUUUUUUUCGAGUGGUACUGUAAAAGAUCAUCUGACGAGAACAAAUAAUGGAAUACGAUUUUUACAUGUCUUAACUCAAACCUAUUUAGUAAUAUGUUAAAAAAUAAAUAGGUCGUUCAGGCAUCGGCGUUGAUUAUUAUGAUAUAUUAAAUACACAUGUAAACUAGUUUAAAUAAACUUGAUAACUUUUUUCACUAUGAUUGUUAUCACCGAAAUAUUAUUGAUAGAAAAAAAAAUGAAAAAGUAAAAAAAAAAUGUGACACGAGAAAUGCCAGCCUGUGGCGAUUGUGGAGUGCUUUUUAUCGUAAUGCAAUGCUCAAUGCAAGCGUAUCAUUUAUAUCAAUGACGUUUAUGACGACUUGAUUGACCAUUUCAUUUAUCUUCCAUUGAAAAAGCUGAAGUCUAUCGAUUUAAUUGUACAUGCAAUGUCAGUGGCACUUUAUCAUUAUUCAGAGAAAAUUUAACGAUCGCGUAUUUGAGUUUAUGACAGUUAUAAUAUUAUAUAUUGUAUUUUUUCUAUUAGAAAUAAUUUUGGUUAGAUAUUUACUUCAUAAUUAAUAUUUUUUUCUAUGAUUUCUUACGCUCAGAGGUAAACAAAAACUGAAAAAUGAUCAAAAAAAAGGGGAAAGGGAUUGAAUAAAUUCGAUGUACUUUUUCCGUACUCUUUGUAACAAUAAUAAAUAUGUUUACUUUUGGAAGGAAAUGAGAGUGAGAUAUAGACGAUUGUACAUUCAUAAUGCUAUCGAGGGAUUAAUUAGAAUGGAACGAACAGCAGUUUUGUCAUUAAAUAUGUAUUGUAUGUACAAAAGAGAAAUGAAAAUUUGAUCAGAUUGAUAAAUUGAAGACGCAAAUAAAUGUUUUGACAUUAUCAUGUA